UCCAAACUGAGUUGUGUUUGAGCUGAGCUGAGCGCUGUGAGACCACACUGUGCUGCAGGACGGAGGACCAGGUUGUUGGACAGUCGAGGACUGAAGCUGUUUCCUGCCUGCUGUGAUGGCUAAUGAGCGGCUGCGAGCUCUGGAGGAUGUGGAGAAGGAGAUAGCGACGACCCUGCAGUGUGCUGGUACUAUCGUUCUGGAGCUUUCUAAAGACAAACACAACGCCAGCCUCCUGGACAGACAGCUGGUCCAGUUCCAGAGCUCCGUCAACAGAGUGGAGAAUGAACUGAGCGGCCAGAUCCGCUACCUCACACAGGUGGCUACCGGUCAACCGCAUGAAGGUUCAACGUAUUCAGCCAGAAAGGACUGUCAGAUGGCCCUGAACAGAGCAGAGUACGCAAAGGUCAAACUGGGAGAACUGGGACGGACCUGUGAAGUCAUGCUGGAGCAGCAGCAGCAGCAGCAGCAGCAACAGCAACAACAGCAGCAGCAGCAGCAGCAACAGCAGACAUAAGAGCAGCGAGGACAGCUGGCUGACUGGUGGAUAACAGCAGGAUCUAUCUCAUGCUGAUGUGACUGUCUACCACCAGUGUUUCUGAUCUUUUCACUUCUCCUUUUUUAUUCAUGAGUACAAAUGCUGAAGAAUAUGAGAACACAAAAAAGAUGACAGAUAUGCAAGAACUCUGUCUAAGCAUGAAUAUUGUGUUUCUGGGUCCAUUUUGUUGUUUUGUGAUGCAUUUUUUUCUUUUUUAUGUGUCACAUAUAAUCUGUAGAGUUUGUCGUACUUCUAAUGAAGCCUCAGAGUGAUGACAGUUAUGAUUUGAGGACAGACUCAGGACAAAUAUCUGGUCUGCACUGUGAAAUGUGCUCUUUGCAUUUCUUUCUCCCGUUUUGUUAAAUUCUGUGUUUGAUAAUGUUAGGAUUUUGGCAAACAGGUGUUUUUCAUGCCCAUACGGUGCUCAUGGUUUGUAUUGAUUUACAUGGAAGAUCCAGUUCUUGGUCAAGUAGUGAACUUUGCUUUGUGUAUGAGAGACAGAGUGAGCAAAGCCAGGUUUGUUGUUUGUCUCUUGGUUUAAAAAUCACAUAAAGCUUCAUUAAAUAUGUCCUCAGUCUGUUGAAUCUGGACGUGUUUUGCUUGUUAAAUAAUACAAAAGCUUUUGUCAUGUUUUACAUCACUUAAAUAUGUCACGUCACAUCUUCCAUCUGACAGGUGGAGAAAUUCACGUUCAGCUGUGUGACAACCUUUUUUAAUCUUUACACAACAAAAUAAAGAUAUUUUUGAAUAACACUUGUUUUUUUGUUUCAUUUUAUUGACAAAAAUACAUAUUCAUACAGUUUGCUGUGUUCAUACUAUAUUGUGUAGUCAGAUUAACAUGUAGCAUUUUAAGUAUUUGAUCAAUCUCAUUUGAUUAUAGUGGUAACUAGAUAUAGUAGGUGGAUUGUAAAAAAAACCAACAAAA